UUUGCCUUUCCUUUUUCCACUUUACUGCUGUCAUUAAUGCAAAAAAGCAAAAGAAAUAAAGAAGAAAGAGAAAAGGAAAAUAACCAUCUAAAUAAUAUAGAUACGCCAUUAAUCAGCUUAUGAAGAUUCCAAAACUUAUAGAUGUAAUAAAAGAAUCUUAUUUUAUUGUAUAUUGACGAAUAUACUACUACAUAGUAAUAAGAUAUUGUGCAUAUUUUUAUAAGGUCUCAUUUGGGUGUCAGAUGUAUGAAAUGUUACAACUGGUGAACUCCAUUCAAAACCAACUUCUCCAACGGAUGAAGCUUCUCAAUAUGUUUAUAUUUUUAUUUUUUUUGUUUCUUUUUGUUGAAUUAACUAAGUAGCUAAAGGUGGCCUCAGCAGCUGAAGCAAUUCUUUGUCGACUUUUGAUCUGGGACAGUGCUGUGCUUUUUUCUCUCAGGGUGCUGCUCAAACAUGAGGUCUGAAAUUCGAUAUCAUAAUCUGUUUGAGACUGGACGAGUAGUAUGGGUCUUGGGCGUGGUUUUUGCCGUUGCUUUGAUGAUUCAGUAUUUUGGGUUCCCAUAUGGUUAUGCCCUGUCUUCUUUGUUUACUGUCAAUAGGGGUCCAAUAAGCAGCUCGCAAAGAGUAGAUCAACUUGGUAACUUCAAUCGGUCAGAAAUCCUGACACAUGGUAGUAUUGUGAACGGUACUAACACAAAUCUUAUCCAUGAAGCGACUAAUGGAACCAAGCUCUCUGAUGCAAAUAAUGAAGAGGUAGAGGAUGCUUCUAUGCCCCCAAUGAAUGAACGUUCUGGUGAUACCGUAACUGAGAACGUUGACCCUGAAGAUGAAUCCCCUUUUAAGGAUUCAGAACUGGACAAAAAGUCAACUGAGGAAAGUUUAGGAAGAAAUAGUAGCUUACCUCCAGAUAAGGCUGCUGACCCUGAAUAUGAUUUACAAGCUUCAAAUGGUACAUCUGAAAGUUCUUUAUCGCACGUGGUUGAUACUAAUGGGGGAGAUAGUUUUUCUCCAGCACUGACCGAAGCUAAGUCUUUGGAGAUAAGUCCCACAGCAUUGUCUAUUGCACCACCGCCAUCAGUUAUAACACCUCAGGUGAAUCUUGAUGCGAAAAAAGAAGCUCCUUUGACAUCUUCCUACCAGAACAUAUCUGCAAAAGAAGGAAAUAUGGGCCAUCUACUUAAAAAUGAUAAAAUACCUGUGCAAAAACACACUGACCAUGCUCCUACACUUGGUCAUUCUUCUAUAAACAACAUUCCUGUUAUGAAGGAGCCAGAUAAACCAAAAGAUAGUGUAGUAUCAAUAGCUGAAAUGAACGUAAUGCUGCAAGAGGCUCGCACUUCAUUUCAUUCAAUGAAACCACGGUGGUCCUCAGAUAUAGAUCAAGAACUACUACAUGCAAGAAGUCUCAUUGAGAAUCCUCCUCUGGCAGGAAAUGAACCUGGCUUAUAUGCUCCUUUGUAUAGAAAUUUGUCAAUGUUUAAGAGGAGCUAUGAAUUGAUGGAACAGAUUCUCAAAGUUUACAUUUAUACAGAAGGCGAUAGACCAAUAUUUCAUACGCCGGUGCUUAAAGGAAUAUAUGCUUCUGAGGGUUGGUUUAUGAAGAUCCUGGAAAAAAACAAGAAAUUAGUUACCAAGAACCCCCAAAAGGCUCACCUGUUUUAUCUACCAUUCAGCUCCCGUAUGCUAGAGGAGACCUUGUAUGUCCCUGAUUCGCACAGUCGUAGGAACUUAGUUCGAUAUUUAAGUGAUUAUCUCAACACCAUUAUCCAAAGACAUAAUAAUUGGAACAGAACUGCAGGAGCUGACCAUUUUCUUGUUGCCUGCCAUGAUUGGGCAAAAUCUUUUGUUUUCACCUUUAAUGAAGUGCUCUGCUACCAUUUUUUUGCAUUAUGGAUUUGGGCUCGCCUUUCUUCAUGCCCCUGCAGAAACAAAAAGAAUCAUGGCUAAUUGCAUAAGAGCUUUGUGCAAUGCUGACGUUAAAGAAGGCUUCCAAUUCGGUAAAGAUGUAUCGCUCCCAGAAACAUAUGUGCGUCAAGCUAAGAAUCCCCUUAGAGAAAUUGGGGGAAAACGUCUUUCUAAGAGACAAACUCUUGCUUUCUUUGCUGGCAACAUGCAUGGUUACCUUCGCCCUAUCCUAUUGAGCUACUGGAAAAACAAAGAUCCUGACAUGAAGAUUUUUGGCAAGAUUAGUUCAGCAAGCUAUGUCCAAUACAUGAAGAGCAGCAAAUACUGCAUAUGUGCAAAAGGUUAUGAAGUCAACAGUCCUCGAGUAGUGGAGGCCAUUUUCUACGAGUGUGUCCCCGUCAUUAUAUCUGAUAAUUUCGUACCCCCUUUUUUCGAGACUUUGAACUGGGAGGCUUUUGCUAUUUUUGUUCCAGAGAAGGACAUUCCAAAAUUGAAGGACCUACUUGUAUCAAUCCCAGAGAAAAGGUAUCGCGAGAUGCAGCGGAGGGUUAAGCUGGUUCAGCAGCAUUUCCUUUGGCACGCCAAGCCAGUAAAGUAUGAUAUUUUCAACAUGAUUGUCCAUUCAAUAUGGCACAACAGAGUUUUUGGAGUAAGAACUAGGUGAGAAAUGUACACAAAUAGGUAGUUUCAGAGAGUUUUAGAUGUUUUUGUGCAGCAUUCUUUUGAGAAAGAUGUAAUAAGUUGCAUGCAUACGCACAGUAGGGAGAAUGUAUUUGAUUAUUUCCUGUACAUAAAUGUUUCUUUUUUUGUCAUGUAUCUGUAGUACAUCUUUGUUCUUUUA